GUUGACUGCAGCCGCAACCUUGAGACAGGUGAGGUGGACUGUUCUUGGCAUGAUAUUAGUCAGGCGCUCGAAGCAUUUUCGCAAGCGCUAGUUGCAGACCUCGAGGACCAUCUGCCUGACCGCAUUCUUGAAGCACUACAGCGAUUGCGGGGUGUCGGUGGUGGGCUUCUGGCGUGGUCUGGACGUCCAUUGGCAUCUCACGACCCCGAGGAGCGCGACGUCGCUUCUCCAGAAGUCUCUGCAACUUCAUUUGCCAAAGAACUAAGCGGACAAGAUAGCUGUCGACGGCAACAAGAGGGGGGAGAACCAAUAGAACCAAACAGA